AUGGGGUCUCUCGGUAUCAGCCAAACGGUGUCCACCGGGAACUACGAGAUCAUCGAACAGCCCAGCCGCAUCGCGAGGAAGAUCCGAGUUAUUGUCAUCGGCUGCGGUGCCAGCGCCAUCAACUUCGCGCACGAUGUCGAUAACAGCGGCCUGGAUCUGGACUUGGUCUGCUACGACAAGAAUCCCUCGAUCGGGGGCACUUGGUAUGAGAACAAGUAUCCGGGGUGUGGAUGUGAUAUCCCGUCGGUGAAUUACCAGUAUUCUUGGGCCCCGUCUACGCACUGGUCCUCGUUCUAUUCCAGUGCGCCUGAGAUUUUGCAUUACUUUAAAUCUGUUGCGCAGGACUAUGGCCUGAUGAAGUACAUGCGGCUUAACUCCAAGGUGGUCAGUGCCAGAUGGGACGAAGAUGAACAGCAGUGGAAUCUCCAAAUUCAGAAAAUGGAAGGGUCAAAGGAGGUUUUCGAGGACAAGGCGCAUGUCCUGGUCAAUGGAAGCGGUGUUCUCAAUAAAUGGAAAUGGCCUGCAAUCCCCAACCGAGAACGCUUCAAGGGCCAAAUGCUGCACAGUGCAAGCUGGGAUGACAGCAUUCAGCUUCAAGGAAAGCGAGUGGGUGUCAUUGGGUCAGGGUCCUCUGCUGUCCAGAUUGUUCCCAAUAUCCAGCCUGUUGUUUCUUCGUUGAAAUGCUUCAUUCGCAGCCAAUCCUGGGUUACUGCCAGCUUCGGGCAGCGCUUUGCAGGGAAAGGAGGAACAAACUUCAAAUACAGCGAGAAACAGAAGGAAAUCCUCCGGUCAGAUCCAGACCGGUACCUAGCAUACCGAAAGAAGAUCGAGUCCGAGCUGAACUCGCGGUUCCGCUUCAUCCUCAAUGGAUCUGCAGAGCAGGCAGAUGCAAGAGCAGCAGCCGAGCGAGACAUGCGCAGACGACUAGCCAAGAAACCCGAACUGGCCGAUCUGAUCGUGCCCACCAACUUCGCCGUCGGCUGUCGUCGCCCAACACCCGGGGCUGGAUACCUCGAGGCGCUGUGCGAGGACAACGUCAGCGUCGUGUCGUCCAGCAUCCAAGAGUUUACCCCGAAGGGUAUCCGGACCGCCGAUGGCGUAGAGCAUGAUUUCGAUGUUAUCGUGUGUGCCACGGGCUUCGAUGUAAGCUGGAAGCCCGCAUAUCCCACCAUCGGGCGAGACUCGCGCAGUCUGAGCAAGGAAUGGGCGGACGGCCCGAAUACGUAUCUGUCCAUUGCGGUGCCUCAUUUUCCCAAUUACCUGAUCUUCAACGGCCCAUACGGUCCAUACGGCCACGGGAGCUUCCUGCCCAUAGCUGAAACGGUGUCCAAGCAUUUCCUACAAAUGCUCACCAAGAUGUCUGAAGAGGGAGUCACAUCAUUUGACGUGAAGCCCGAGGCCGUGGCAGACUUUGUGCAGCACCGACGGCAAUUCCUGCCCCGGACGGCGUGGUCCUCCCCCUGUCGUUCGUGGUUUAAGCAGGGCACCGUCGACGGCGAGAUCAUGAUGUGGCCCGGUUCGAGGAUCCAUUUCUUUGAAAGCAUGAAGGCGCCCCGGUGGGAGGAUUAUAGUCUGACCUAUACGACUGCCAAUCGGUUUGGGUAUUUGGGCAAUGGGUUUGCGGCGAGGGAGUUCGAUGGCAGUGAUUUGACUUGGUAUUUGGGGUUGAUGGGGGGUGAGGAUGUCCAGCCGGAGCUGCCGGACGAGGACUUUGCAGAUUUUAUGGUCUCGUAG